AGAGCGAGGAGGACCACGAGGACCUCUCUCUGGCGGUGCGCCUGGUGAAGGAGGUGAUCGCGGCCGUGGACAGCAAGGUGAACGACCACGAGAAGAGAAAGCGUCUGAAGGACUUCCACGGCCGCAUGGACUCCAAGUCCAUCAUGAUGAUGAAGAGCGGGCAGAUCUUCGCCAGAGAGGACCUUCUGAGGCGGAGGCUGGUGCACGACGGGGGGCUGCAGCUGAAGAACGUCCAGGGGAGGCUGAAGGAUGUCCACGCUCUGCUGCUGUCGGACGUCUUCGUCUUCCUCCAGGAGAAAGACCAGAAAUACAUCUUCUCCAUGCUGGUACCAUCAUCACCCUCUUCAUCCUCUCCUCCAUCUUCCCUCCACUGAUAAACACGUUAUGAGAGUUUCCAGAGAGGCUG